GAGUUGGGAACUUCCGGAGUAGACCAGUUUCCUGGGCUGCUGGCAUUUAAAUCCAGCUGGAAAGGGCUAGUGGUGUGCAUCUUUGCAUCCUCUCCCCUGGCAUCACAUCAGCUGUGCAGAGGAGCAUUGUUCUGCAUUGUGCAUAUGUAUAUUGGCUCCAUCAUUGCCUGACAUUGCAUCUCUGGUCUGAUGCUUCCCUUGCAGCAGCAGAGGGAAUAGGAGAAGCUGCAACCUCUGCAAUCAGAGCUGUCUGAGCUGCAUCAGUUCCUGUUUGCAUCCCUGGACCUUGCACUGUAGAGAAUCAUUGCUGGUCCCCAAGUGUGUUGAGCAAGCACCUCUGUCACUGUCAGGUUCCUGCAGCAGAACUGACACUCUAGCCCAGGGCAUCCACAAUGUUCAGCUGGCUGGGCACAGAUGACAGGAGGAAGAAGGAUCCUGAGGUUUUCCAGACUGUCAGCGAGGGGCUGAAGAAGCUGUACAAGACUAAGCUGCUGCCCCUGGAAGAAUAUUAUAAGUUCCACGAGUUCCAUUCGCCUGCCCUGGAAGAUGCGGAUUUUGAUAAUAAGCCCAUGAUCCUGCUGGUGGGACAGUAUUCCACCGGGAAGACCACCUUCAUCAGAUACCUCCUGGAGCAGGAUUUCCCCGGUAUGCGAAUCGGACCCGAGCCCACUACAGAUUCAUUCAUCGCGGUGAUGCAGGGCGACGUGGAGGGGGUAAUUCCAGGCAACGCCUUAGUGGUGGAUCCCAAAAAACCUUUUAGAAAGCUGAACGCUUUUGGAAACGCCUUCCUGAACAGGUUUGUUUGUGCCCAGCUACCCAACCCUGUCUUGGAGAGCAUCAGUGUGAUUGACACUCCGGGGAUCCUGUCUGGGGAGAAGCAGAGGAUAAGCCGAGGCUAUGAUUUCGCAGCAGUGUUGGAGUGGUUCGCUGAGAGAGUCGACCGCAUCAUUCUGCUUUUCGAUGCUCACAAGCUGGAUAUCUCUGAUGAAUUCUCGGAAGUCAUCAAAGCUCUCAAGAACCACGAAGACAAGAUGCGCGUAGUCCUCAACAAAGCAGACCAGAUUGAGACCCAGCAGCUGAUGAGAGUCUAUGGCGCCCUCAUGUGGUCCUUAGGGAAGAUCGUCAAUACCCCGGAAGUGAUCAGGGUCUAUAUCGGCUCUUUCUGGUCCCACCCUCUUCUUAUUCCUGACAACCGCAAGCUGUUUGAGGCUGAAGAGCAGGAUCUUUUUAAGGACAUUCAAAGUCUUCCCCGCAAUGCAGCCCUGAGAAAACUCAACGACUUGAUCAAAAGAGCACGACUGUCAAAGGUCCACGCUUAUAUCAUCAGCUCUUUAAAGAAGGAGAUGCCGGCCGUGUUUGGCAAAGACAAUAAGAAGAAGGAACUGAUUGCCAGCUUGGGGGAGAUUUAUGGCCGAAUUGAGCGAGAACACCAGAUCUCUCCAGGGGAUUUCCCCAACCUGAAGAAGAUGCAGGACCUUUUACAAGCCCAAGACUUUAAUAAGUUUCAGCCUAUAAAAUGCAAGCUUCUGGAGACGGUGGACGAGAUGUUGGCACAUGACAUUGCCCACUUGAUGGUACUGGUUAGACACGAAGAAACUCAGAAGCCAAUCCAGAUGGUGAAAGGAGGAGCAUUUGAGGGCACCCAGAAUGGACCAUUUGGACACGGUUAUGGGGAAGGGGCAGGAGAAGGCAUCGACGAUGCAGACUGGGUCGUGGCCAGAGAUAAACCCAUGUAUGAUGAGAUCUUCUACACACUGUCUCCCGUCAACGGCAAAAUUACCGGCGCCAAUGCCAAAAGAGAGAUGGUGAAGUCCAAACUGCCCAACACCGUCCUCGGGAAGAUCUGGAAACUUGCGGACAUAGACAAAGACGGUUUGCUGGACGAUGAGGAGUUCGCUUUAGCCAAUCACCUAAUUAAGGUGAAGUUAGAAGGCCAUGAGCUUCCCAACGAUCUGCCCUGCCAUCUUCUCCCGCCCUCCAAACGGAAGAUGGCCGAGUAACGGAGGAGUUUAUAGAGAUGUUCCCUACUUCCAGAUACUAAACAAGAUUGAGCUUUUAUUAACAAAAUAACCAGACGCUAAUUCAGUUUUCAUUUGUGCUGACAUUUACUAAAGAAAAAAAGGGAAGGGAGACCAACAAGAUACAAGAUGUGUGACAUAUUCCCGAGCCCGUGUUGCGCUGUAUCGUGCUUCCUAUAUACUGACUGCUUUCCAAAUACCUCAAUGUAUCGUUACCCUACCAUGUGUUACGCGGAUAGGUCUGAUGGCUUUGUGACCUUUAGGAACGAGUGUAUCUGUUUAAUGGUCCAUGAGGGGGAAAUCUUCAAAGUACAUCUACUGGAGAACAAAUAAUUUUAAUUAUGUUUUAGAAUAAUGUCGACGUAAUGAUUUCAUUUUGCGAGGGAAGUAGAACGAUACUGAACGUCGAGAUGACACGUUUGUCUGAUUCGUGUGAAAAAGUCUUAAAUCCGUUUAUGAUGUGAAUUUGGCAGAAGUAUAUCCGGUUCCUAUAUAAGUGUAGUGUGGGAUUUAUCUGGGUGUCUGACACCUUGUUAGACAAGGACGGGGACUUACUCUGUGCAUACAUAACCGUGGGGGGAUGCAGCCUAUGAAUUCAGUAGUUCUUAGUGACAUCGCUGAGGCAUGAGGCACUUCAUGCCUCAUACCUCCAUUAAUGUGAAUUGAUUAUCCUGUAAUGAUAGGCUUCCCUCUUUAUAAAUAUUAGUUUGUUCCACAAGAUGGCUUAUGCCGCUUUAAAUUGCUGUCGGUCUGUUUUUAUCCUGGCAUAAGAGGAGUUUAUAAUCCGUGCUUGUUCAGAAUGGACAGGCACAAAGACUGUGCACAAAUGGUAUUUUCAUCUGCUAAAUAUAUAACUUAUUUUAUAAAUAUAUGCUUCAAACAAUG